AUGACUUUUAUCAACGGGCUGUUUUCCCGCCUCUCUCAGCACCACGUAUUCCAACCUUUACCCAGCGUUGACCCGGCGGACGAUGUCCCAACCCCCCAGAAAGACUUCCGUGCCUAUAGCGUGUCUCCAUUCCAGCUGUGGCUCAAUCGCCCAAUUGGCCAAAUCAUCGAUGGCACCUUUGAUAAUGAAUCUCUUCCUUAUUUCUCCAAAUCUACGGCUUAUCUGCAGGCUCGGUUCCGACCGUUAAGUGAGGGAAGGAAAUGGGAGUUUUUCUGGCAGUGGGAUGUUGCUGGACUUUUGCUCAUAGGGGGCUUUCUAGAGGCGUGUGCCAUCUGCGCGUUGCUCGCGGCACCCUUUGCUCUCCAUUUGUUCCUGCAGGACCUCCACAACGUAAGCUACCUUGUAUUUUUGGCAACCGCUACCUUCCUGGCCACAUUAUCGCGCUGUGCCAAAGAUCAAAUAUGCCGAGUCCAGUCAAACCAGAUCGACACGAUGUUGCGUAGCGCCAUCUUCCAACAUGGGCUACGGUUAUCCCCCGAAAGCCGGAAGGCGUAUCCCGCAGGGAAAAUCAUCAAUCUCAGCACAAAUGAUGUCAGGUUCAUCAAGAACUAUAUACUCAAAGUCCAUGAGAUCUGGAGCGCUCCACUGCAGUUAGCAUUCAUUAUGGUCCUUAUUGUUCGGCUCAUUGGGUUGUCCGGCCUAUGCGGAGUGAUAAUUAUGGUGCUCUGUCUUUGUGCACAAAUGUUCGCCAAUGUGGGUAUGCGUCGUUCCAUCUUCCAAUACAGUUGCAUCAACGAUGACCGGAUUCAUUGUUUUCGGGACCUGCUGUAUGCAAUCAAGGGAGUCAAGCUUCUGGCCUAUGAGCCGGUCUUCUAUAAGAUGAUCCAAUCGUUCCGCAAAUCACAGCUGGGAGCAUUAACCACAUGGAUGAACUUGACGUUCUGUCUCUUCACUUCCUUUAAUCAGGCUGUUCCUGGGAUGGCAGCGGGGGCGACCUUUCUUGCCUACUAUCUGCUUGAUGGCUCACUAUCCCCAGAGAUUAUAUUCCCCACUCUCGCCUACAUUAAUAUGUUAUAUCAGCCAGUAUCCCAGACUUCACUGUCUUUCUCCAGGCAGUUCUCUAUGUGGCCCUGCUGGGUGCGGAUCCGUGACUUUUUAAACUCAGAGGAGUACACCGAUUACCAGAUUUCAGAAAGUGUGACACCACUAGCGCCUGCCAUCAGCAUGGACGAUGUGAUAUUCUGCUAUCCUCAUGCCCACGAAGAAGCUGAGGAAAAGUAUCACACCUUCACCGUUCGCGAUCUCCACAUCCAGAAAGACCAGUUGACAAUGGUCAUUGGUGAGACGGGCAGCGGCAAAUCCAGUCUGCUUGGCGCAAUAAUGGAGGAGUUGACUCUCCUCUCUGGAAGAGUGACGCGAACAGGGGAUUUGGCAUAUGUAUCACAGAGCCCUUGGGUGAUCUCCGGGACCUUGCGAGAAAACAUCACCUUUCUCAAACCCUACGAUCAGACCCGCUACCGCCGUAUUAUCGAGGCUUGUGCAUUGGAGGCUGAUUUUGCCCUCUUCCCGGCGGGUGAUCAGGCGUCUGUCGGGGAGGCCGGCAGCAAUUUGAGUGGUGGCCAACGAGCCCGUGUCGCGCUUGCUCGAGCAAUGUAUUCGGAUGCGUCGAUUCUGCUGCUUGAUGAUCCGCUCGCAGCCGUGGAUAAAGCGGUGGCCGAUCGUCUAUUUACAAGUGUUGUUCAACUGGGAAAAACAGUCGUUUUAGUUACAAACCAGCUAUCAUAUCUCCCCCGCGCCCAGAAUGUGAUUGUCCUGGAGAAGAAUUGUGUGACUUUCCAAGGAAGCAGCCGGCAAUGGAUGACUGAGCGAGGUGCGCAGCUACAGUUCACUGCAGAAUCCGGCUCAGACCGGACGGAUGAUGCGGCCAUCCAAGACAAUCACAAGAUCGACGACACUUUUCACAGGGAGACAGCUGCACAGGCCCAGGAUGCCGCCUGUCUCAUUCAAGCCGAAGAGAAGGCAUCGGGGGACGAGCGGAUUCGGUUGAUCAAAUACUACGGGGAGCAGAUCGGUGGCCGGAAGCAGUGUGCCCUGAUUGCCGUGACGGUCAUCCUCCUGACAGUCUGCCGGGCAAUAUCGAAUUACUGGUUUGUGUGGUGGGCCGAAGACCGGCUACAACUGGCCAGCAAUAUGUACCUGGCGGUGUAUCUUGGACUUAUCGCGGUGCAGGCCUUGAUCACCGGCAUACUGGGUCUGAUCCUGGUCCGUGGGAGUGUCCGGGCAAGCCAUCACAUCCACGACGGCAUUUUGCAGAACCUGCUGGCAGCCCCGUAUUCAUUCUUCCAGGCCCAGCCGGUCGGGCGAAUCGUCAACCGACUCUCGGCCGAUGUCGAAUCGAUCGACGCACAUAUCAUGAACGGCAUUGAUGGGUUGUUGAUGGCAGGGACAACCUUGGUCGCAUCCCUGGCUCUGGUGGUCACUGCUGCGCCCUACUCGGUGAUCGCCAUGUUACCGUAUGUCUUCAUCACCUUCUGGAUUCAGAACCGGUUCCGCAAAUCCGCUGGGGAGCUGAAACGCACCCUAUCCAUUCUGCAGUCGUCAGUCCUGUCAUUGGUGAGUGAAGUGCUCGUAGGCUCUGACACAAUCCGCGCCUAUCAAGGGGCCGAUGCCUUCUUCGAAAAGUACUACCUCGAACAAGAUCGGGUCCUCUCCGCGAGCAUUAUGCGCUCGUCUCUCGACACAUGGCUCACCACGCGGGCUGAACUGGCCUCGCUCUUGCUUCUGGUGGUCGUCGGCAUCCUGGGCCAACAGGGCGUCAUCCCGACGGUGGAGGCUGGGUUAGCCCUGGGAACUUGCAUCAACAUUGCCAAGAAUGUCGAUCUGAUGGCAUGGGCGGUGACGACGUUGGAGAUCGAACUGAACUCCAUCGAACGUCUACAGCACUACCAUGAGUUCCUGCCUCGCGAGGGAAAUAUCGACAGCGGCUGCUCCCCCGAGAUACUCCCUGCUGAAUGGCCGUUCAAUUCCCGCAUCCAGUGCCAUGAUGCUUGCCUUCGCUAUCCGUCCCGUGAACAAAAUGCCCUCGACCACAUUACCUUGGACGCUGGCGAAGGCGAACGGAUCGGGAUAGUAGGCCGUACGGGCUGCGGAAAAUCGACUCUGCUAUCCGCCCUACCCCGACUCAUCGAUCUCACCGGUGGCACGAUUUCCAUCGACGGGGUAGAUAUUCGGAAGAUCCCGUUAUCCCGUUUACGGAACGCAGUCACCACGCUCCCACAGGAGCCGCUGCUCUUCCAUGGCUCCCUGCGGGACAACCUGGAUCCGAAAGAGCAGCAUCGGGAUGAGGAGUUGUUGGAAGCACUGCGGGUGUGCAACGUCGAUGCAGUGUUUGCACUGCCCGAAGCUGCGGAGCAGGCCAAAUUAGACACGAGCGGGUUGCAGAUGCGGGUAGAGAGUGGCGGCUCCAAUAUGUCCGCCGGACAAAGACAGCUGGUGUGCGCAGCGCGGACGGUAUUGCAAAAGCCGAGGGUGCUAUUAGUAGACGAGGCAAAUGCAAACAUCGACGCGGAAAGCGACAUAUGGCUCCAACAGGCACUGCAGAAUCUGCCGCCUACGACGACGAUUCUGGCCAUCUCACAUCGGGCAUCGAGCCUGGCCUGGAUGGAUCGAAUUCUGGUGAUGGACGGCGGGAAGAUUGUGGAGCAGGGUCAUCCAAUCGAUCUGCUGCAGCAAGCUGAUAGUCAGUAUCGACGGGUGGUGCGCCAGGAGGGGGCCCUGGAGACUGCCCAGGGAUGGUUAAAGUGA